UAUCGACUUGUUUAAUGUCAAAACAUUUCAUACAAUGGAAUGCGAAAACAACUAUGGCUCUACAGACUUUAAUUUCAAUUCUAAAUAAUUUUUGAUUACAAGUUGUUUUCGAUUUACAAUUGAGCAGUUUAUUCUCAAUGGCCCGUCAUCGACGUACAGUGAGUGAUGUUUUCAAUAUCGAAAUGGUGAAAGGGUCGUGUUUACAGCAAGAGGAACCAGAUCAACAACGACAAAAUAUAAACUUUGCGGAUAUUUCCAAAUGUUCGCCUUCAUCGUCGUCCAGUGACUUCCAAAAUACUAGUGACAGUAACUAUCUGCUGCGAACGGAUGUGGUACAUAAACGGCAAUGCUGUUACGGUAGCAUCGAUAAGCAAUGCAGUCCAAAUGCAGUUGUCGACGAAGCAGCAGAUAUCAUAAAGUGCGACUACGACGAGGAGAAUGAGGAUGAAAUACAGGAGUUCGAGAGAACAGAAGACAGCAGGUUUGAAACAAGUGCUGCCGAUUAUAGCAAAGCGAGUCGAGUGGCAGUCGAUAGCUUUCGAAGAUGGUCGGUGAAUUUCGGCAAAAGUAUCAAAAAUAAUAAACGAAGCAUGUACAACAAGACGAUUCGGUUCAUGCCAUCGCGAUUGCAGAAAACUUUGUCUAUCGAUGGGGACCUUAUCACAAGUACUACCUCCGAUGUGGAGCACAUUACCAUGGAACUGGAACAACGGGAGCAGCUGAUGGAGGACAAUCCACUGUCGGAGCAACUUCGCAUAGAAGCAAUCAAAUCAAUGGCACAAACAUUAUCCAUCAAACGUCAGAUUCGAGCCAAUCUAGCUCGAACGGUGACACGCCGUUCGGUUAGCCGUUCAAAAUCAGUCAGUUUCCUGCGAAAAUGCAAAUAUAGCAGCAAAAUAUACGCUAGUCGUUUCAUCAAAUUCGUCAAACAUGUCAUCACAAACUUCGAGUUGUUCUAUGGCAGCAUGAAAGAGAUCGAGGGACAUUUCGGCAGUCGAAUCAGUGCCUACUUCAAAUUCCUUCGAUGGCUGUUGGUGCUUAAUUUACCCGUUGUGAUUUUUGUGUUUGGGUUUGUUACAUUUCCGCAGAUUCUUUAUGCCGGAGUGCAACAUUCCGGUGAACGAUUGCUAAACCUAACGGCUGAAAGCGAAAGUCAAGCAAGAGUACUUAGGAACACCCGAGCGGACUUUCACUUCACUGAUGUAUUUACUGGAGAGGGUUACUUCACCGAUUCCAUCCUAUUCUACGGAUUCUACAGCAAUGCAUCGUUCACGCUGCUUCCGGGAACAUCGGAAUACAGUCUGCCGCACGCUUAUUUUCUCACUAUCAUUAUAAUGUACGUGGCAACGUUCGUCUUCGUUUCUCUCAGCAUGGCCCGGUCGUAUCGGAUAAGUUUUAUCGAGACCAGUGGCACGGUUCACAAUUUGUUAACCCACAAAAUCUUUUGCUCGUGGGAUUUUGGAAUUGCGAAUGAGAAAGCAGCUCAGCUGAAACAUUCCAGCAUAUAUCUCGAUCUCCGGGAGCAUUUGACGGUGCUGAACCGUCCGGACGAACCGACGGAAAAAUGGCAUAAACUUCGAAGUACCGCCUUUCAUCUAACGGCUCAUCUGACCGUGUUGAUGAUGAUCACGGCGGUUGGGUACGGCAUAUGGAUGCUCCUGCAGCAGUUUGGCGAAACAGAACACUUCACUACCUGGUCGGCUCUGUACGUGUCCAUUGCAACCAAUUUAACGAUGCUGGUGUUUCAAUACGUAUUCAAGUUUAUUUCCAAGAAAGAAGACUACACUCGAUCAGCAACAGCAUUAAACAUCAACCUGAUGCGGAACUUCCUACUCCAGUUGUGCAUCGUCAGUGUUCUCAUGUUUUAUUGGUUGACCCGAUCGUACGAGAGUUGCUGGGAAACCUCGAUCGGUCAAGAAAUCUAUCGGCUAGUGACAACCGACUUCAUAAUAUCGGUCCUUUUCUUGGCUUUCCUGCAGGCUACUCGUUACGCCUUGAAUCGGAUGUACUGCCGUACAAUAUCGCUUCCCGAGUUCUGUUUAACCAACAAUAGUCUUGGUCUAGUGUACAAUCAAACCUUGUUGUGGUUCGGUUUGUUGUUCUCGCCACUGUUGUGCAUUGUCGUUACCGUUAAGUUGAUAAUGAUUUUCUAUGUAAAAAAGUUUAGUUUGAUUUACUUCUGCAAGCCGCCAGUUAAAUUAUGGCGUUCAAAUCAAACACAAACACUGUUCUUGGUACUGGUAUUUGUGUCACUGUUCGGAGUAAUCGUCACUCACGGUUACAUAAUGACUCAGGUCGCCGUAAGUGACGAAUGCGGUCCAUUCCGCGAUAACAACUACAUGUACCAGCUGUUCAUGCAAGGAAUUCUCAAACUAAAGGAAGAGCAUUUGUUUUGGAAGAUUUUCAUCUGCAUCACGAAACCGGCCAUCAUUGGAGGACUGCUGCUCGCAAUGGCCGUGGUGGCAUACUAUCUGCGAGCAAAGUCAAAGGCACAAAUAGCAAAGGUCAAGCUGUUGAAGGAAAUGCUCCGCAUGGAAGCCAAAGACAAAGAGUUUCUUCUGGCCAAUAUAAGUAAAAUCACCCGCGGGAAGGGUUGGCACUUUGACAAAGACCUGUUGAAUGGGCAAAAGAGCAACACCGAUAAGUAUUCUAGCGAUCGAAGUGGAACCUGGCGAUAUGCCGAAAGUCCCAGGAAAAUGAGUGAAUAUUCGGUGACAACCGAGAACGACAAAAAUCCAAACGGAGCUGGAUAUCGACCAAUUGACGAUUUGGGCGGUGAGGGCGUUCGGAUGAAACGUUUCUGAUAAUGAAAUGUGUGUAGUGUGUUAAAAAUUUUUAUGAUAGUAUUAUAUCAUUGUUUGUUGUAUCGUUUCUAAAUAAAAAUCCUAUCACAAAC